CCAUAACCUCAGAGCAGAAGUCGACUAAAGAGCGUCACAUCAGAGCAGACGCUCUCUAACAGCCUCAGGUCUGCAGCAGGACUUCAGACUCUUGUCCACGAUGAACAGAAGAACUCAGCAGGAAAUGGAGGAAAUUGAAGAACAGGAAGAAGCUGACUAUGUUAAUGCCUCAAGAGGCGCUGUGGAUAAAAAGAGAACCCGUCCAGGUUGGUGGUUUCUCUUCUUCACUCAGAAUAUUCUUCUGAUAGCAGUGUGUUGGCUCGUACUGUUAGCCAUCGUGGGCCUUCGUAUCCACUUUGAUACAGUAAACCAUGAGAGUGAGCAUAACCAGCUAAAAGAGAUCUCAAAUCUACUGGCCGUCAAUCGUAACCUGACAAACCUCAUCAACAACCUCGGAUUUGAGAAUAGAAACUUGACCAGGGACAACGAGAUGCUGACGCUCAAGUUGGGCAACCUGAAAGAAGCUAAUAGGGUCUUAGAAAUCAAGGUCAAAAACAUGUCUGCUGGAUUCUGGGAUCUGACUACACCAAAGCAUCAGCUGAACACAGCAAAGCAUCAGCUGACCACAGCAAACCAUGAGAUGACCACAGCAAACCAUCAGAUGACCACAGCAAACCAUGAGAUGACCACAGCAAACCAUCAGAUGACCACAGCAAACCAUCAGAUGACCACAGCAAACCAUGAGAUGACCACAGCAAACCAUGAGAUGACCACAGCAAACCAUGAGAUGACCACAGCAAACCAUCAGCUGACCACAGCAAACCAUGAGAUGACCACAGCAAACCAUGAGAUGACCACAACAAACCAUGAGAUGACCACAGCAAACCAUGAGAUGACCACAGCAAACCAUGAGAUGACCACAGCAAACCAUGAGAUGACCACAGCAAACCAUGAGAUGACCACAGCAAACCAUGAGAUGACCACAGCAAACCAUGAGAUGACGUACGUAACCAGGAGCUGGAGGCCCAGAAGAACGACUUCACAGAGUAGAUACAGGAGAAUGACGACACACUGGAGGUAGUUCAACAUCAGUCGAACUCAGCUAAGCAUAAGAAGUUGAGAAUGACGACGCUCUUCUUCUUCUUCUUCUUCUUUACGAGAGAUCCAAUGCUUAACAUUUACAGAUGUGUGAAAGUUCAUGAGAUGUUAUAUUUUUGCUUAUGCACGGCCAACAGAGGGCGCUGCCUUACUUCGUCUCAACAGGAAUGUUCUAGAGUCUGUUUCCAUAAGUGCUGUGAUGUAUUUAGUUGCGUAGCUGGUUGUUAACUGCUAUCUUAGUUCAUCCCUAUCUAUAAGCAACUCUGUUGUCACCUGUGAAUAAAUGUGCUGCCGAACA